AUGACCUCCAUAGGAACUGGCUACGAUCUUUCCAACUCCGUCUUUUCUCCCGAUGGUCGGAAUUUCCAGGUUGAGUAUGCGGUGAAAGCAGUAGAAAAUGGAGGAACGUGCAUUGGGAUUCGCUGCAAGGAGGGUGUGGUCCUUGCUGUUGAAAAGAUCAUAGUCUCCAAAUUGCUCAAGCCGGGGGCGAACAAGCGAAUAGCAACUGUUGAUCGCAACGUCGGAAUUGUUACGAGUGGACUGUUACCUGAUGGACGACAUUUGACCAGCAGAGCAAGAGAUGAGGCCAGUAGCUGGAGAAGAACAUACAAAAGUCCCAUUCCGAUAAAUGCUUUGGCAGGCAGAUUAGGCGGCUAUGUUCAAGCAUAUACACUCUACAGCUCCGUCAGACCAUUUGGUGUCACAGCGAUCAUGGGGGGCUGGGAUACGGAAGGAGAACUAGAAGUCGAUGGGCAGGUUGGAACUGGUCCAGCAAGCGGUGGUGGAGGGAAGAUCAACGACCAUGACAUAGGAGAGAAGAUCUCAAGGGGCGGUCCGGGACUUUACAUGAUUGAACCAAGUGGACUAUAUUGGGGUUACUAUGGUGCAGCCACUGGUAAAGGAAGACAAGCUGCAAAGUCAGAAUUGGAAAAGCUCGACCUUGCCUCCCCAACGAACAGCCUUACCCUCAAUGAAGCCGUCAAGGAGGCUGCGAGGAUCAUCUACGUGGCACACGAAGACUCAAAGGACAAGGAGUUCGAGCUUGAGAUGACGUGGAUUUCGCAUGAAGGAGGACCAACCAAGGGUAGACAUGAAGAGGUCCCGAAAGAGCUGUUUGACGCAGCAGUCAAGGCGGCCAAGAAGGCGAUGCCGGAAUAUGACGACUCAGAUGAUGAACAAGGCGAAGAAGGUGGUGAUCAAAUGCAGGAGUAA